ACCAAAACAUUGCAGUAAGCAAAGCAAAGUGCACACACACACACACACACACAAAUGUGAAAGUCACAGUGAGAAGACCGGAAUAGAGAAAAAGUCACUUGCUCUUCCAAGGAUUUUAAAUAACUUAACUCUAAAACAGUUCUGCUAGACUAUGUCUCAGCGGGUGGUCCAGGUCCAACCGGAGAGUCGGGUCCAUGAGGCAGAUCAGUGGAGCACUGGUCUGUGUGAGUGCCAUAAAGACAUCGGGGACUGUUGCUUUGCCCUGUGUUGCCUCCCAUUGUUUACCUGCAAGGUGACCAGUGCAGUGGGUGCAUGUCCCUGUCUCCCUCUGCUGGAUUGUAUUGGUUGUGUACCGCCGGCCGCACUCGCCAUGAGGGCAUCUGUCAGAGAAAGAUAUGGCAUACAGGGGAGUGUGUGGAGCGACUGCUUGUACGGAUGCUGCUGCUAUCCACUGUCCUGGCUCCAGAUCUCCAGGGAGCUGAAGAGAAGAGCGGCAUCCCACGCCUCCUCCUCCUCAUCAGGCAGAUACACUUCCCUGACCUCCCUGCAGGGGGCGCACUUAGUCUAGACAUAUCCAACACUUUUCUUCUUCUUUUUUUUUUUCUUUUUUUUUUCUUGGUUUUACUCUUGCUGCGACCAGUCCUCCAGAGCACAGGGCCUGAUUUAAUCACACUUCCUCCAUCCUGCAGCCGCUCCCUUUCAGCUCAGAUACUUCAGCAGGGUCACAAUGUAUCCCACUGAGAGGCAAGUUGAUUUUGUCUAAAAUGAAGAGAAGGAACCGUGAGAAAGGUCAUUUAAAGGUCCAGUGUGAAACACUUAUGGGGGUUUAUUGGUAGAACUUUUAAAAAAUGAAUGCCGCACAUAAGUGUGUUUGUAUAAAUGUAUAAUAGCUUCCAUAUAUUAAAAUAAAGGGUUUACUUUUCGUAGCCUCAGAACAAGCCUUUGAUUUGUACUUUAUGCAAGGCCCUCGCUUUACAGAGUCCGCCAUCUUGUGCCACCAUGUUGCAGUUUAACACAAUGAACAUGGAACAAAACAUUCAUCCACAGUUUUCCGACAUCCACAUCACAAGACAAAUUAUACUUGUCCAUAAUUAUAUUAUGGACAGCAAAUAUUACAAAGUUAAACUAACAACCUGUUUACUAGGAUGGUAUGUUGCACCUCUGCAAACAUCUGAUAAGUGUAAACUAACGCUUCUGAAGCAACUGGAUGUUACUUUAUGACGUCUUCAGGUGGAUAUGAAUGUGAUUGUGUGUUAACUGCUUGUGGUGCAUUUGGCUGAAAUGAAGUGAUAAAGUGGACAAAAAAAAAGGACAAAAGGUCAUGGUUUUCCUCAUAGGAUCACAUUCUCCUCCAUAUGCUCAUUAUGUAACUUUGGGCUGGACUGUUGGCAGACAUGUUCAGAGUGAAAACGUUGAGAUGAGUCACAACAAGACUACCACACGUGUUUCAUCAGUCAGUCAUCAUCUACCACUUUAUCCUCCACCAGAGGGUCGC